CCGGUGUGAGAGCGACAAGCAAAAUAUGGUUUCCUUAACGACUUAUGUAUGAUGUUUGUUGCUAAGCCCGGGAUGGGGCGGCACAUUUUCAGCUUACGUUUAAAUUUUAGCGCAUGACGGUAAAUAUUUGCAGACCGGAAGAGGACUGAGAGCGGUGGGCGCUCGAGAGCGACGCUUGCAACUGGAUGCCGGUCGGUGUUGCGUACAGCGUCUGCUGCCAGGUGCUCUCGGACGUUAUGGCCGAAGCUGCGCCCCGGAGGGUCCGCGGGUCUCCGGCCUGUCUGUGCGUCCUCUGCGGACUGCCUGCCGCCGGGAAGUCACAGCUGACCCGCAGGAUUGUGGGUACCGCGGCGGAGCACGGCUGGAGGGCAGCGGCGGUGUCCUACGACGAGCUGAUCCCCGAGAAGGCUUAUCGCACCGAGGUGGAGGAGGAUGGCCUCAAUCUGACAGACAUGCACACUAAUUGGAAGUCCUACAGACAAGCCGUGUUGCAUUGCAUAGAGCAGGUCUUGGAGCGGCCUGAAGUGGUGAUGGAGUUGCAAAGCAACCCUCUCAUCAAUGGAGCUGCAUGGCAACCAUGUGUUCAAGCUCUACUGCACCCUAAAGAGUUACACACCGAUGGGAUGCCGCUGCUCUUUCUUUUAGAUGACAACUUCUACUACCCAAGCAUGAGAUACGAAGUGUACCAACUUGCAAGAAAGUUGUCACUGGGUUUCUGCCAGGUGUAUCUGCAGUGUGAUUUAGAGACCUGCAUCAGGAGGAACCAAAGCAGACCUAAGCCCAUCCCCGUCAAAGUGAUCAUGGAGAUGGAGAAGCGUUUGGAAUUUCCGAAUCCACAAAAGAACCCGUGGGAAUCCCAAAGCAUCUCGCUCAACUCGACAAACGAUGUAUCCAAGUCCGACAUCCAGAGAGUAAUGGAUUUGGUCUCUGUGGCAUUAGACAAUCCAUUGAGCCCAGCUGAGGACAACAGCGAACAAAAGGAAGCUGAUCGUCUCAAGUGUGCCACGAGUGUGGUCCACCAGGCUGAUCAGGUCUGUCGGCGUCUGAUAUCUGAGGCUAUGAAGGCUGCCAGAGAAAAUCAAGUCCCUUCUGAACACAUGCGGGUUCUGGCUGCUCGGCUGAACGAAUGCAAAGCGACUUUCCUUCACGACUUGAGGAAACGGUUCCUGCAGGAGACGUGUUUCCUUCAAGAGGAGGACAUCAGUGUGGAGCAGGUGGUGAAUAUUUUUGAUGACAAAAAGAACGAAAUCCUGUCACAGUUUAUAAGCAACCACAAAACAAUGUGAUCUUUUUUUCAAGAUAAUGUCAAAGAAAUUAUUACUAUGAAUGGUUGGUGUCUGUACAUAUUUAAAUUCAAAUAAAAUGUAUUUUUACUGAU